AUGAGCGGAAAGGGUUGUUGUUAUUCAUCAUGCAGAUCUUCUUCAGCACCAAAGGUUGAGGUCAAGAAGGAAGUUGAUGUGAAGCCACAACAAGUAGCUCCUGCGGUUCCUGCUAUUGUUCAAGAUGUUAAGGCUGAGCCGAUGAAGGAAGUUAAGGUGGAGGCUGAGCCGGUGAAGUUGUUUAGUCAUCAGAUUGUGAAACUUUCAACUUCUUGUAACAAGUAUGUUGCCAAAUGGGAAGUAUUGCCCCCUGCUUCUGAGGGAAUUACUGGAGUUACCCUUGCAGGAGCCACCUCAGCUACCGCUCAUGGGAUUGAAGUUGAAGUUGAGUUUAAGCCAGUUGAACAUCCAAUUGAGCCGCUAGACAAUGAUCGUCCAAUUCAAUGCCCGUUGCCAGAACCUUCAAUUCUUAUUGUACCUUAA